AUGGCGCAAAACAAACCCCCCGGGCCCGACCAGUCACGCAACGAGUACAUCCCAUCCUUCAUCUCAAAGCGACCGUUCUGGGCCGAGACAACCUCGGAUGCAGACUACCUCGAGCAUCAGCGUCUGCAGACGGCGUCGAAAGACACCCUUGACCAGGCCAAAUGGUACGAGCGAGGCAAGAAGGCCGGGCCUGCGGCGACCAAAUUCCGCAAGGGCGCAUGCGAGAACUGCGGCGCCAUGACGCACAAGACGAAAGAGUGUCUCAGCCGACCGAGGAAGCUCGGCGCCCGCUGGACGGGCAAGGACAUCCAGGCGGACGAGGUGGUUGAGGAUGUGCAGCUCGGGUGGGAUGCGAAGCGCGAUCGCUGGAACGGCUACGACAGUCGCGAGUACAGCGCCGUGGUCCAGGAGUAUGAGGAACUCGAGGCGCUGAAACGCGCGGCGGCCAAAUCCAAAGGCGAGACGAUAGAGAACGGCGAGGUCGACGGCGACGGCGACGGUGACGCUGAUGGAGGAGACUCGGACGCCCGGUACGGCGAAGAGACAGACAUGGGUCGGUCACAGCCGACGUCGACCCGCCAGCUCCGUCUGCGAGAAGACACGGCAAACUACCUACGCAAUCUGGACCUGGACUCGGCCAGGUACGACCCCAAGACGCGCACGAUGGACACGUCGGCCUUGAAGGCGGCGGGCGAGACGGACGCGGACGAAGGCUUUGUGCGGCCUUCGGACGAGGCGGCUGAGUUUGAACGCGCGCAGCGCUACGCAUGGGAGACUCAAGAGGCGGCCAAGAGCGCGGACACGAAGAAACUACACCUCCAGGCGAACCCGACCGAAGGCGAGGUUCUGCGCAAGAAGCAGGAGCAAGAGGCGGCGGAGAAGAAGGCGGCGGCGCGCAAGGCCCUGCUGGACAAAUACGGCGGCGACGAGCAUCUGAAGCCGAACCCGCUGCUGAAGAAGGCACACCAGGUCGUGGCCAACGAGCGCUACGUCGAGUACGACGAGGCCGGGCGCAUCAAGGGCGAAGAACGCAAGGUCGCCCGCUCCAAGUACGCCGAGGACGUGUUGGUCAACAACCACACCUCCGUCUGGGGCAGUUGGUGGCGCGAUUUUGUCUGGGGCUACGCCUGCUGUCACUCGACCGUCAAGAACAGUUACUGCACCGGCGAGGCCGGCCGCGUCGCCUUCGAAGAGGCCCAGGACAUGAGGACGGGCUUGGCUCUGACGCUCGAAGAUGCGCCGCCGGAGAAGGAGACGACAAAGGAGACGCUGACGGCUGAGGAGGACCCCGACUCCGUCGAAACUGCGACAUCGACAUCGACGUCGAGACCGAAACCGACCACGACGGAACCGGCCCAAGCCCAAGCCCCCGCGAAGAAGCGCACUCUACAGGAACUCCAGUCUGGCAUCUCCGAGGAAGAGCUUGAGUCGUACAAGCGCAGUCGCGUCGCCGCCGACGAUCCGAUGGCUGCACUGCUGGGGACCGAUCAACUCGUUGACUUGUAG